GUUUUGUAUUCCAACAUGAACCAAAAUAAUAUCAAUAACGAUUUAUUCGCAAACAGUAUAAAACCUCAAUCAUCCAAAUAUACCGCACCUACUAAUUUUAUUGGAAAAAAACCAAAAAAGAAGGAAAUAUUGGUGACAAAAGCAAGAAAACGGUCUCAUCAAACUUCUGAAAAAGUAGAACCUACUACCAAACUUCCAAGACUCAAUGAUGUCGACAAUAUAUCCAAAACGAAUAACAAGAAUAUCAAUUUAAAAGUAUGUCCAUAUUGCAAGGAGGUGCUUCGAUACAACAAUAACGACGACGAGAAUGACGACGAUAAUUCAUAUUCACUACCUUUGAAACUUAAGGAAGCACUGGAUCAAAUUGAAUCGGAUGACCUUCAGUAUGCUCAACAAAGAAAAGACAAUGCUUCACACUUUUACCUUCCAAAACGACGUGCUGUCAGCAACAUGGAUCAAUUUCGAUUUUGUCAAUUACAUACCUUGGAACUCAAAGUCAAACCCGAAGGUAUCAAGAAUGGAUACCCUAUUGAUCUGGAUUUUAUGGGUUUAGAUACACGUAUUGAAGAAAAGAAACUUGAUCUAAUCAAAGUGAUCGAUGGUCAUAUCGACAGUCCUUAUAGAGAAACAGCAUUGGCAACUUAUAAGAAAAUGGGCUCACAUAAGGCAAGAAGUACAAUGGGAUUGAUCGGACGAUUUGAUAAAACCAUGCCUGGAUACUAUGGAUCAAAGGGUGCUUCCAUCAUACUCAAGAUACUCAAUGAUAUGUUUUUACGAACUGGAUAUAUUACAAAAGAAAAGGUACAUCCUCAAAAACCAAUGGAAUAUAUUCAACAAGUGCUUAUACCCGAAACUGGAUGGCGAUUAAUUGAAGAGGAUAUGAUGAAACAAGGAAAGAAAUUAGGAUCCAACGAUGAUAGUAGCAGGAUGAUGGCAAUGAAAAUAAUGAAAAAAAGUGCCGAUUUUGGAAUGAAGAUGUACCCCUUGGAUGAUGAAGACAUAGCAAAUUCCACUUGUGAUAAUGACAAGGACAAUGAUGAUGACAACAGCAGUCAUGAUGAUGAUAGCGAACAAGAAAGUGUGACCUAUUCAGAUGAAGAAAAUACAGAUAGUUAAUCUUGAUAUAGUUUAAUCAGUUUAGAAUUAGAUAAUAAUUAUUUAUAUUACAAUAAAAUAAAUUACAAUACAAGACUUUUUUUUUUUU